ACGCGCGCGCGCACACACACGGGUCGGAAUUUAAGGACAGCUGAACUGACGGCGAGUUCAUCAGGACUGCGACACAGAAGUGUGUCCAUCAACCAUGGGGUCUUUGAGAGGAUAUCUGUUCAUGCUAACGCUGCUAGCGGUGAAGGCAUAUGAAGGUCCUGAAAUGGCUGUUCAAAGGGAAAUUUUGCCCAUUGAACUCUUGGAGAUGCUGAAACAGGGAUCACUGGCUUCUCACCCUAUUGUGAAACAGCAAGGUCCUCAUAUAAAGCCCUACUCCAUGGAUCCAUCCAUUCCUUUCCCUCUUGCAUGUCCAACCAUGGACAACAUCCUUGCCAUCUGUCAAUAUAGUAAUCUUCGCCCUCGGUAUACUAAAGACAUGCUACCAAAAAGUGGCUUUGAUCACCUGCGCCGUCAGGCCAGAGCGGUCAAUCAGUUGGAGUCCUGGUUCACUCUGUGUUGCAGUAAUGGCACUCAAGAUGAAGAAUUGACUCUGUGCUGUGCAAAGCAGGCGUGGGAGAAGUCGCUCUCUACCUUCUGUGAAGAGGAAUUCCAGAUUAAGACUAGUCACUAUCACUGCUGUAAAAGGCACAGGCCGGAAAUAUGGGACUGCUUUGAGGAGGAAGCUCCAGACCCGUUAUACCAGACCAAAAUAGCUGGCCAUGAGGUGGCAACCACUCUUUCCUCCACAAUCCAAGGUUUUGACUUUAACCCCAGUAACUGCCAGAAAACAAGUGUUUCAGAGAUCGCUCCCAGACUAGAGAUGGUGCCUGAACCCCCACCUCAUGGAGGGAUGGAGCAGAGAUUGGUGAUCCCAGGUGGGAUAGGUUUCCCACAUCAUGUGUCCAGUCCUCGCUCUAGGAAGCCAUCCAUUCUUUUCCCCCUUGCCCGUCCAGACACCACCAAUAUCCUUGCCAUCUGUCAAUAUAGUAACCAGCGCCCCCGGCAUCCUAAGGAGACGCUACCUAGAAGUGGCUCUGGCUACCUGCAUCGUCAAGCCAAUGCUGUCAAUCAGCUGGAGUCCUGGUACACUGUGUGCUGUGCUAAUGGCACCCAAGAUUUUGAUCAGACUCUGUGCUGUGCACAGCAGGCGUGGGAGAAGUCGCUCUCUGCUUUCUGUGAAAUGGAAUUCCGUGUUAAAACCACACACUAUCACUGCUGUAGAGAGAGAGGGCUGGCAAGAUUGGACUGCUUUGAGGAGCACGCUCCAGAUAAGUCAUACCAGCCCUCUGGCCAUGAGGUGCUGACCAUGCUCCCAGUCACAAUCCAGGGGUUUGACUUUGACCCCAAUAGCUGCCAGAAAACAAGCAUAUCAGGAGUCGCUUACAGACCUUUGACAGAGAGGACGAUUAAAACAGAACACAUCAGCUUUCCCCCUGGUCGCCCGAAUUCUUCUAACAUUGAACCAAUUUGUGCUUGGCACAUGUAUCGGCCACGCUACCUCACCAACUGUUUGCCUCGUACAGGAUUUGACUGGCUUGCCCAUCAGGUAAAGGCCAUCAAUGGCCUAGAAAAAAGCUUUCGUCAAUGCUGUAAGAAGAACAAAGAUGUACACGCCUGUGCUGAGGGAAAGUGGAAGAAGAUGGUGGAUGGGUUUUGUAAGGAUGAGAGGAAGCUCCAAGUGAACCAGUUUGAAUGCUGUAAAAAGCAGAGAGGAGAAGAGCAAUAUACCUGUUUUAGUACUGCUGCCCCAAAUCCAGACUACAUGAUCAGGCAGACGCAGGUUCCUGUAGAAGAUACUCCCCGUCUUGACAUGUUUUGUAAUGUGUACACAGCUCUUAAGAAAAUGAAACAUUUGCCUUUCAAUGUUGAUGAAAUGGCUGAAAAGUGCUGCAUCCUAGAUGCAAAUGAGGGUGUUAAAUGUUUACAGAUACAGCUGAAGAACCUUUCGGAUGAUGCAUGCAAAGCAGAUGACCCAUCAUUAGCACAGGUAAAGCCCAAGUGUUGUAAGAAGACUGCCGUGGUCCGCUCCAAAUGCCUCACAAAGCUGCUCUUGAAUAACAUCGCUAAAGCAAAAAGAGCUGGAAAGAAGAUAUGCCCAAUCAAUUCAUAAAAGCCUGUUUGUUGAUUCAUUAAUUCAAUGUUUUGCCAAUGCUCUUGGUAUGAAUUAAAUGUAUGUUUUUGUUUUUUGUAAUUAACCUUUUGAAAUGUGCAACACUUUUUUUUUUUUUUUUUUUUUUUUUUUUUUUUUUUUUAAAUAUGCAUCAAUACCAUUAAAUUACUUUAAGAUACCUACCAAUAAUAUGUUCAUUAUUCACCUACAAAUUAAUCAUUUUAUCCUUGUA